AGCAAUAUGGGGCGUUCUGUUCACCAGUUCAAGGCGCUGUUCUGGAAGAAUUGGCUCUGCCGGCUGAGACAACCGGUGCUGUCUCUCUCUGAAGUACUCUGGCCAUGCAUCCUGUUCCUAAUUCUGGCUGCAAUUCGCAUCCAGCAACCUUCAAAACACAAGGAAAACUGUUAUUUAGAAGCCCGAGAUUUGCCAAGUCGAGGCCUUUAUCCUUUUGUUCAGAGUCUCUUCUGUAAUGUUGGCUCAAGGUGCAAGAACAGCAGUUACACAUCUCAGAAAGAACACAGUUUCCGUGCUUCCAGUUUCCGAGGUGGUCAGGACAGCAUUAUGGGAACUGACCUGACAUUCCUGAGAGAGAUACAAGACUUUGCGAAUGGGAUUUCAGAGACCUCAGAGAAAGUUAUUGCUUUACAAAAGCUGUGGGAGGAAGAAUCAAAAUUCUCAGGGCCCACCAACAGUUCCAUUUUCUUAACCAUGGACUGGAAUGAAACUGAGAAGAUGAUUUCUGUAGUUGAAAGCGUCCAAAACCAACCCUAUUUCUGGGACUUUCUGCGUUCACUCCCAUGGCUGCAGACAAGCAGCCUUUACAAGGAAGGUGGGAUACGUGUUACAGCUCAGUUUCUGCAGACUGUUAAAAAUUCCUUAGCAUCCUUAGAAGAUUUAGAUGCAGUUCUAUCAAACCAAAGUUUCUACAAAGCAGUGAAAAUAGGACUGAAUAUAACCAUCACAGCACUGCGCUUCUUGCAAGACCAGAGCCUUGAAGGCUUUUGGUACAACCUGACUCUUUGGGAUGUUGUGUGGGAUCCGCAUGCAGUCAAAGUGGAACUUAAAUCCAGAUUUGGUUUAGAUGAUCUUCAUAUUGGAAAACUCUUGAACUAUACAGCAGAGUUCAGUAAGAUUCCCACAGAAGGCACACUGGAGCAGUUUGUAUGCUCAAUCCUGUCCAAUGUGUCCGAAUUUAAAGCUAACAAAGAGGAUAAUGAAGGAGGCUGUAUCCAUGCAUGGCUUGAGACCAAAGUCUAUCUUGUCCAUUCUGUCAACAAAAUCAAACUCUACAUGCAGAUAUUUCAGCAGUGGUUAAGCAGCAGUGAGCCUCAAAAAUUCCUUUUUGAACUUGGAAAAAGCAUGGCUGAUCUUGUUUCUCAAUAUCCAGAGGACAAUGAGGCCUGGAAAAUUAUUUCAGCGAUAAAUAUCCUGAUCCAACAUGUGAAUGAGAAAUUGGAACCAAACUUUGCUGAAAGACAUCAUGAAUCUCAGGAUGUAACCCUGUAUCUGGAGAAACUGCAGACUGUCAUUCAGAAGUUGCCUCAAUGGCCUGUUAUGAAGAAGCUGCUUCUGGUAGAUGGUGCUAUAAGGAAUGUAAUAAUCCAAAAUUUAUAUUUCACUAAAGAAAUUGUACAUAACCUGGAAAAAAUGACACCUUUUAUUAAAAGAGAUGGGCUCAUGCAUCUAGACAUUGAAACACUCUUUUUGGAGUUAAAACAGAUCUUGAUGAGUAACAUGUCCUGUACAUGCCAGGAUCUGCUCACCAUGUUUGAGAAGACUGUUCAGCUUCCACAGGACUUAAAAGUCAGAGACAUUUUAGCGGGAUUCAUGUGCCACCACAACUAUCCAAAUGAGACUUUCAAGUUAAGCAACCAAAUCCAGUCAGUAAAGGAGUCUGUCCUACUUUUGCAGAAAAUACUUCGUGGAGAACAGAGCCUGCCAGAUUCAAUAAUGGAAGAAUAUUUGGGAUGGCAAGAAAUAGAACAGCAGCUCACUGAAAAUAGUGCUGCUUACUCUAAAAUUAAUCGGUUGCUGAGCACAAAGACACUAUCUGAGGAGGAUGUCUACUUCCGCUCUUGUCAGGAGCAGCUACUCCUCUCAUUGGUUAUUCAUACACUUGAAGAAAUAUGGUUUGCUUUUGAGGAAGACCCAUAUUGGAAGGAAUUAACAACAUUUGUUAGGAGAACAUGUGAGAUAGCUCAAUAUGUGAACAAGGAAGAAGGUUUCACCAGAGGUCACUCAAAUGAUACUGAAGCAUCUCUCUGUUCUGGACAAAAGCUCAAUCUGAAGGCCAUCACUAAUAAUUACAUAGCAUUUCUGCAAAAGUUAACAAAUUCCCCAUUCAUUUCAUGGUCCGGAAUCUUGACAUCUGUCAAAGAGCUUUUGAAGAGGGAAAAGAACAUACAGGUUCUUGAGGAGUCGGGGUUGGUCUUCAUUCCACAGCUUGCAGAAUUCAUACAAGAAAUGUUGAUGCCUGGUUCUUCAGCCUCUUCAAGCCUCCAAGACUUAAAGUCCCUAACAGAAAUAACCUUGAAUAAUUCAAUUAUGUGGCUUAACAGUUCUACCAAUAUGAAAGCAGAUGCUACAGAUGUUCAUAUAUUUUCUGAACUCAAUAAUGAACUACUAGAGAAUUAUCAACUUCUUGUAAGGCUCUGGCAGAGUGAGCAGCUGGAAGUAUUUUGGCAAAUAGUAAAAAAGGUCUUGGAUCAACGUGACCAUAGAAGUUCAGUGGAAGCAAUAGAGAUGCUGCAGAUGUUCUUAUCUAAAAUUAUAAUAUCUUCCCUUCAAGAAAAUCAAAAAGUCCUUAAUAAAAGUUUGCAAUUCUUCCAGAAAAUUCUUACAGAAUGGCCUGAAUUGAGUUUUCUUGACAUAGAUUAUGUAAACAACUUCUUCAGUGAAAAAUUCAUAAGGAAUCUCUAUGAAGUUGGAGUGUUGACUCAAGAACAUUUCACUGCUGCUCUCAGCACCAUUCAUGCUGUGAGAAAUGUCUCUUCUGUUCUAGUCUCAAAUACAAUUUCUUCUCUAUCUAAAGUACAAGACAUAGGGAAAAUUGUGUCUGAUUUCUACCAAAGCAUCCCAGAGGUAGGGGACAGUAAUGCAGCCUCACUUAUUCAAAUGCUUUUCUUUGUCUACCAAAACAUUGAUCAAUUAAGUAUCCAGAGCAACAAUUCUGUGCUAACAUUCUUCCAGAAGAUCUCAGAAGACAUUUCAUCUAUUCCAGUUCAACAUGAUUUCCAAAACAUGAGUGAGGUUUUUGACUUUCUGUCUGAAGCUAUACAUCUCCUCCAAGGUCUCACCCAGAAACCUCUCUGUGAAAAGUUAGCAACAGUUUACAACUAUGUAGAGCUCCAGGCCCAGUCCCUAGCACAGAAAGGGAAACAAGAGAUAGAAGUAGUAUACGGUACUCUGGGAAGCUUUAAAACUAUAUUUACAGACACAGAGCUUCAUACAGCUACCUUUCAGUAUUUGAAACAACUUUUUGACAUCUCAGCAGAAAGCUUGUUAAAUAAUGAAUGUGCUGAUUGGUAUACGCCUAGCAUACCUUCUGUGAGACAAACAGGAGAUGUUCAUAACUCACUUGUACUCUCAUUGGUCAGAGUUCUGUCAAAUACAUCGAACUUCAAAAGUGAGGUAAAUGUUCCUUUUGCCGUGCACUGCACUGCUACCUGGCUUCAGAUGUGGACAGAGAUUUUGGAAGAGAUGUCUGAAAUACUAAGGUUGGAUUUAAAUUUUUUCAGUUAUCUUCGGAAUGGCCUGAACCACCUUUCUGAAGGUCUCGAAAAUAUAACCCAUACUGAACUGUGCAAUACAACAUUUACAGUCAGUCCUGAAACUACAUCAGCAAUACUGAAAAUAAUAACAGAAGGUUAUCACUUAAAUGAAUGGAAAGACUUUGAGACUCUAAGUGGCCUCAUAAGUAAACUUAGCAACAUAAUUGAUGUUAUCAGCUCAAUUAAAGGAGAGAGUUUAGAGGAAGCUUUUCAAACAAUGGAAAAUGUGACUGUCAAAUUGCAGAAAUCUCUAUUGAAGGUUAACGUUAGCAGGGAGUUUUUGAAUUCUUGGUCUGAUAUUUUCUUUCCAUUGAGUUCUAAAGUGGAAUAUAGAGAUUCACAUGUAGAUUUCAUUGGGCAUUCACUUUCAGAUAUUCUAACACUUUCUGUGGAAGAAUUUGGAACUGUUCUCAGUGACCUAAGAGAGACUGCUGGAUUCCUUAAAAAUAUAUCCCAAGAUCAAGAUCUAUUGUCUUGUGUGAUGAUUUUCCAGAAUGUUACCAAGUUAGUUUUGGAAGAUAUUUUGAUAGACAAAAAUGUUUCACAGAUAAGUGUUCUGUCUCAUCUUAAUCCUCUUCUAACCUCGGAUAAUAUAGUCAGUGUACUAGAGGGGUGUAAUAGAUGGAUGCAUAUUAUCAGUAGCCUCAGUGAGAAAUACAUCACUUAUUCCCACCUUGAAAAAGCAAAACAUGUUUUAUUUUUGUUGACAUCUCUGGGAAGCAUUAAUGAGACUGAUACAAGCUUAAAGAAUACCCUGGAUAUUGUUAACAUGACUUUUAACCUUAUAGAACCUCCAUGCUUACUAAAUGGCUCUGAUGCACGUUGUGCAAAUGUUUAUUUCAGCAUUCUAGCAAAAAUUUUAGAAGUUCUUCCUAUGUUUUCUGAAGAAGAUGAUGGACAGACCCAUGACUUUAUCUUUACUCUAUUGAAUGUGUCAAGGGGCCAAAUUCAGUCAAUUUUCAAAGACUUAAUGAGAUUCUCACCACAUACAUCUGACUCAGAACAGAUGUAUUUAAUUAAAUUAAUCACUGGAGCCAUCAAGAAUUCAAGGGAAGUCCUUAAUUUGCCUCAGAGUCUCCAGCCUCCUUCAGUAGCACUUCUGAGAAAAAAUCAAAUUUUUCUGAAGAAUAUAACUUCUGAAACCCUACAAAACAGCUCAUCUCUUCUGAACACUGUAAAUCUCCUACAUGCAUUUGAAGCACUUCCACAAGACACAAUUAUGAGCUUCCUAAAGAAGUUCUUUCAACAUCUAAUUAGCCACUUUAUGUCAAACUUGCCUCAUAAUAUACAAAGUUUGCAAAACAUAACUCUGCAUACAUGGAUGAAAGCAGCAGACCUCAAUGUGGAACUAGUAAGGAAGGCACUAAACAUCUUAAAGUCUCAUAACCUUACCAAUUUUCCAAUACAAUCAGGUGAUAAAGGAUUUCCAAAGCAUAUGGCAAUUUUGGUGAGAAACAUUCAGAAUACAGAUGUAGAAUUCUUAAUUGAUCAACUCAAACAAGUUAGUAAAAGCCUGCAUCAUUUCUUUAAAAAUAUCAAAAAUGUGUACAUUGAGAAUUCUGUUCUGGACAAGUUGACAGGCUGGGUAGAUUCCUUUGAGAACAAUUCAUAUUCUUGGAACUUGACCAACAUAUGGCAAAUCACUCAGUUAUUUAACGAGACUGAGCUUGAUGAUAUAUUACAGAUGCUUUACAUUCUUCCUGAUGGUGUUAGUCUUAUACAGCGAUUGGCUCACAAAAACAUCACUGAUGCCCUAAUUGAAGUGUACACUUUCACAUUAACUCAGGAAGCAAACAUGUCAAUAUGUAUGAAGGAAGAUUUAUCCAAUAACGUAGGUAGCCUUCUAGAGUUACUGGAGGUGGUAACUGAUAUGCCUGAGGAAUCUGCAAGGACUUUGAGUUGUCUAACUGCAGUUGUCUGCUGGAACCUCACAACGGCAACACCUCAGAAUGACUCAGAUUUAAGGACUUGUAACUUAAAUGCACACACAAAUUUUUCAUCUAUUUACAACACAAUUGCUGACGUAUUUGAGCAAUUCAAGCUGACAACUCCAGGGGGACAUGACCUAUGCUCUAAUGAAGAUUAUCGGAGGCAGAUCACUUACAAAGUGACUUGCUUCUUUCAUCAGUUCAAAGAGUGGAACUCCAUUCUUCUGAAGCUUUCUGAGAUCCACAACAUAAAUAGUUUGGCUCUGAAACAGCUAUUAGGGUUUUGGAAUAAGCUAUCAGUAUAUGUUAUGGCUUUUGGAAAUAGUAGUACCAUCUCAGUCUAUUGCUCUUCCACACCAAAGAGACAAGCUGCUUUACAGCUCAUAGAAGCACUAAACAACAUGACAUCAACAGAGAUGGCAAUGGCCAAAGCUAUUUUUGAACAGUUAGCAGAUCUGUAUCGUGCCCUAAAAUUGGAUAGAAGCACAGGAAUGUCUGUUCCAAAGACUCUUCUUACUCAUUUAAAAAGUAUGACCAAUGAAGUUUCUGGAGUGCUAGAUAAUGAAGAUGUCUUAUCUUUUCUUUCUGCAGCCCAGCCUUUGCUGACACUGUCUCCUGUUGGAAACCAAACUUACAUGGUGCUUAUGGCAUUAUCAGCUUUGAGUAGAAACAGUAGUUUAAUUAGUAACUUUGAGGCUUUUUGGCUUGAUACAGAGAGAGGCAUGCAAGAUAUAUUAGUCAAUUUUAGUGUUCUGAACUUACUUUCUGUGAUAGACAAAGAAGUUCAAUUACUAAGUGCAGCAGCCAGAAAAAAUUCUUCAUUGGCACUUGCUAGUUUAUUAAAACAGUUUAAUUCAUCAUCUCUAGAAACUCUACUAAGAAGCUUUGAGGACUUUCAAGAAGUUGCAAGAGACUGGCUACUUGAGUACACUAAUAAAAAUUUCUCUAGAAUAAUAAAUGCACUAGCUGUCCUUAUAGCCAAUGAAAGGUCAUCUGAUGACAUAGUUCUGAUUAUCAAAGGUAUCACUGAAUUUUUGGAGCUCUUCACAAAUGGCUCUAAAGAAGAUCAAAUUGAUAUAUCAUUUGUUACUGAUCUCCCUAGUGGGGAAAAGCUGAAUAACAUUCAUAUUGCUCACGUGAUUUUACAGAACAGUCUGCUUAACACAAUCUCUGACCUUACUACUAAAGAAGAGGUACUGGACUUAAAUGAUACAGAUCUUCAGCUAAUGAACUUCAUUGAUUUGUUUUUUGAUGAUGCACAAUAUGAAAAUUAUGGAAAAGAGAUUGCCUCAUUCCAGAGCGGGACAAUGGAAAUGAUAAAAGAGUUUUUACAGAUACUCUUUUCAACUUCUGGAGGACAUUAUAGCAACAAAAUAUUUGUCUUAUUAAAAAACUUACAUAAGGAUAUAAUUGCAGAAAUGAGCAUAUUCACCAAAGAUGAUAUUGGAAUUCUACUAAACUUGGAUCAGUCUGUUAAUCUAAAGGAAGAAGCUGAUGGGCUGAAAGAAAAUAUGUAUUACUUAAUUAAGGAUGCACCCAUAUCUGAAAAUGGGACACUUCAUUUUGACAAUGCAAAAGGACUGAAGUUUUUGAAGGAUUUGUUUAAUGUCCUGUUUAAAGAUUUUUCUGUAAAAAAUGGCAGCAGAAGUAACUAUGAACUGUUUACUUUUAUGAAUCAUGUGUUAUUUAAUACAAGUAAUUCUGGGGACCUUGCCCAGCUGAUUAGAGAUCUUUCUAGAACUCUUCAACUUAUGAGGAAAACUUCUGCAGAAAUAGGAUACCUCAUGUAUUUUUUUAACAACCAUUUCAAAGAUUUCCUAGUUAGCUAUCCUACUUUUCGAGAAAUGCUACCUGCUUAUUUGGAUAAGGUGUUUCCUUUGAAAAAUAGGCAGAUAAUAGAAACUACAGAGACAUUACUUGAUCUCAUCUUGUGGAGCAGUGGAGCUAACUAUACUCGCAGCCCAUUUCCAGAGCUUGCUGUUGAUUUGUGCUCAUUGUGGGAAAGCAAUGAAUUUGUAAAGCUAGCAAAAAUAGUAGAAGCCAUUGUUAAGUUUUUGACUUUGUCCAAGAAAGCUUCAGAAAAGCUCUCUAACAUUUUGGAAUCAUCUAUCAACUCAAAUGCUAUGGAAAAUUUAGACUGCAUUGAGAUGGACUAUUCAGACCUCCAAAGAGCUGUUCAUGAUGCAAUAGAAGACUUAACUGAAACGCAGACUGCAGAGGUUCUGCAUUCAAACCACCAUCAAGUGGCAGAUUUGGGGAAAGAAUUUCUUGAUUUGACCUACUUGUCUAUUCGAGAUAAGCUUUCCAGAUCAUGUGGCUCUGGAACGGCAAACAUAUCAAGCAGACUGGUCACAAAUCUGAGCAAACUCAAUGAUUUAUAUGAUAUUGCAGGUGAAAUCGCUAAGUUUUUAGCAAAUGUGCAGAAUUACUCUUCAGAAUUGGAAAGAUUUACUGCAAUUGUUACCAGUGCAAGCAUAAACUCAUCUGAUGAUGCUGCCAGUCUAAUACAAGAUCUUCUUGAUUUUUUUGUACCCAUUAAUGAUUAUAUUAGCAAAAUGCAUUUAACUUCUAGACUAAAUUUUACUCAUGGCCCAAUAAAUAAAGAAAAAUGGGAGGGAAUUCAGGAAAUGAUUACUUAUUUGUGCAAAGGAAACAUUACAGGAAUAAAAGCUUCUAUCAGAGCUGUAGCUGAUCUCUUUCUGGGAGCUUUCUGGAAAAAUCACUUAAAUGAAAAUGACUUAAAUUUGCUGCUGACUUAUGUAGACAACCAAGAUUACUUUCUUAAAGUUUUAGAAGUCACUAUGGAAUCAUUCAAGUUAAUGAAGAAUGUUUCUGAAGGAAGCUUCAAUCUGUGGUCACUUUUUGCCAGCCUUAUCAACCAAAAUAUAACCUACCAGCAGAAGGAACAGUCCAUGGGGGAAACAGUUCUUGAGGACUCAUUAAAUAGAACUAAUCCUUGGAUACAGUUAUUGCAUUUAAAUGCUGAUCAGCAAGUGAAUUCCACAAGAGCCUUACUCCAAACAGUUAUGGGGUUCUUUGCUAAUGGAACUUCUGGUAUAGCUGACAUGGCCCAGUUGGAAAACAGCAUACUACGGAUGAUGCAUUACUUUGACUUGAUUUUCCAACCUUUAUCGUCAUAUGAAAAGUAUGCCAGACAGUUGGUUAACUUAUCUGAGUAUUGGCGAAAAGGCCAACUAAAAGAACAAAGAUUCUCUGAGAUGUGCCAGGGUUUCCAGAAGCAUUUAAACGCUGCUAAUGCCAGACUGCUACAGAAGGUGCAGAUUAUGGCUUUGAGUGUAUUUACAAUCCUUUCAGACAACCCUACUCUCAUCAGCAACCUUCUCUGUGCUUUUACAAGCUGUAAGGAUAGCCUAACAAGGCAUUUCCUCCUUUCUGUCAUUGAAGGAAUCAAUUUGGUUCAUGAGCAGUAUCAGGAUAUUGAAACAAUGUGGUCAGUUUCCAAUGAAGGGGACUGUGGGAACCUUUUAUAUGUAAACAGGAAGAUGUCCAGUACCUUGGAGGGCUUCCAGAGCGCAUUAGAAAAUAUCACCUACAGCAGCUGUGAAUGUCAACUCACGUUAGAGAAUAUCCAGAAACACAUGCAAAUGUUGGCUGGAAACCUAGAGGCACCUUUGUCAGGAAAUCCAGUGAUAGCUUUUGUCAGUAACUUCAGUGUACCAAAUGAUGUGAAAAUCAAAGACUGUGUGCAGAGUGUUCCUGAGCUGGCAUGGGAACUUCGUUCUUUAGUCAACAUUUCUGAAGAGACUAUCAGCACUCUCUUGGAAGCCAGUUUCUCACAGUCAAAGUUUCUCUACAGUGCCCUUGCAGUAGCUUUAGCUGGAAGAUGUGACACGGAAAUGCUUAGUCUCUUGCUGACACUUCCUGAAAAUGGCAAAACUUCUCUGGCAGUGAAGGAACUUUGUUCUCUCCCAGCGCUGGACUUAUAUACCGUGAUUGUACUGAUUACCCAGAACCUGAACUUGCGUAAUAUAAUUUACAAGAUCAUGAUACCCUCCGAGGUCAACAAGGUACUGAAUGCCUUGUUGGAAGUAGUCAUUAGCAUCAGCUCCCUUUUAAAAAAAGGCCAACAUGUCCUUGAAAAUCUUCCCAUGUUCCUCCAAGCAUUCAAGAGUGUUGAUCUGCUUGACAUCUCGGCAUUUCAACAGUUCCUACAGGGUGGGAAAUCUAGAAGUUCCGUUGUUGGAUCCCUUCAGUCUAUAAUCAGGGCAGUCUGUAAAGAAGAAUCCUCUUUCUUCAGCAACACCAACAUGUUCAUUGACAUGCCCAAGAUCACUGAGCUCUUGGAAGAUGAUAUGGCAAAAUACAGCAUUCCCAAAGACUCAACUCCAUUUUGCUUGCAGCUUUAUCAGGAAAUUUUACAGUCACCUAAUGGGGCUUUGGUGUGGAUCUUCCUGAAGCCCCUGUUACAUGGGAAGAUACUGUACACCCCCAACAAUGAAAAGUUUAACAUGGUUAUAGAAAAGGCUAAUCACACAUUUGGUUUUGUGGACAACCUGAAGAUUUAUUCUGAGGCAUGGCUGAGGAUGUCUGGGGUUUUUGAGAGCAGUGAAAACUUCCUCAUGGUCAAUCAGCUCCAGGAAGCUCUCCAAAACAGUUUUAUAAAGAACUUCAUUGAAAGUCGCUUGAAUAUUGAUGUGGGGAAUCUCAUUGGAAAGCUGCAAGAGUAUGAGCCUAUGAUGGAGAAAAUGCUCAAUAACUCGGUGACUGAGCAGAUUAACCUAUUGGCACAGCUCAUGGUAAAUAUCUCCUCCUGUGUGUUACUGGAUCGCUUCCAGCAUCUUGAAUCUGUGGAGAAAUUGGAGGCGAAGGCACAAGAGCUCAUGCAACAAAAUAAUUUCUUGGCAAGUAUUAUAUUCAACACCUCAAGUAACAGGAGACUCAGAGAAGAUUCUGCUAGCCACCUCCCACAACACAUUUCAUAUACAAUUAGAACUAGUGUUCUGUACAGCAUGAGAACAGAUCUGCUAAAAAACCCAGUGUGGAAAUCCCAUCCCCAAAACCUCCCAAGUGACGAGUUCAAAUACAAUCACAUCUUCGUUCCACUUCAAGAAAUGAUUGAAAGAGCCAUCAUUGAGGUACACGCUGGAGCAGAUGCCUCUGAGCCAGAAAUACAAGCGCAAGCUAUGCCAUAUCCAUGCCACACCAGUAACCUGUUCUUGAACAAUAUUGGUUUCUUUUUUCCACUCAUAAUGAUGUUAGCAUGGAUGGUAUCUGUUGCUGGCAUGGUCAGAAAACUGGUUUAUGAGAGGGAAAUUCGUCUUGAAGAGUAUAUGAAGACAAUGGGUGUGAAUCCUGCCAUUCACUUCCUGGCCUGGUUUCUGGAGAAUGUCAUUGUGCUCACUAUAAACAGCUGUGCUUUGAUCAUCAUUUUAAAAGUUAGCGGCAUCUUUGUGUACAGCGAUGGCUUCCUUCUCUUCCUCUUCCUCCUCGAUUUUGGAGUUGCGGUUGUUAUGCUAAGCUACUUGUUGGGUGCAUUUUUUAGCAGUGCCAAUACAGCAGCUCUCUGUGCCAGCCUUAUAUAUGUGAUCAGCUUUUUACCUUACAUAGUUUUGUUGGUCCUGGAGAACCAACUUAGUUUUGCCCUCCAGAUUAUUACAUGCCUAUUGUCUACAGCUGCCUUUGGGCAAGGAGUAUUUUUCAUUACAUUCUUUGAAAACCAAGAAAUAGGCAUUCAAUGGAGUAACAUGUACCAGCCCCUGGCACGAGGAGGAUCCAUGACCUUUGGAUGGGCUUGCUGGAUGAUUUUCUUUGAUUCAAUUCUAUAUUUAUUAGCUGGUUGGUAUUUCAGCAAUGUAAUCCCUGGAAGAUUGGGGUUCAGAAAGCCAUGGUACUUCCCCUUUACUAUCUCUUACUGGAAGAAGCUAUGUGGUACAGAGAACAGAAGGAAACAUCUAAAUUCCAAUAUGCUUUUUGUCAAUGAAGGUUUUGCUUUUAAAGCCUUAUUCUUCAUUUAUACAGGUUCUCUGCCCGCAAAUGAGAGAAGACUGAGUGAAGGAGGAAUCCCAAUAGGAGUUAUACUGAUGUCACUCACCAAAGAAUACACAGACAACAAAAAGACUGCAGUUAAAGAUCUCAGUCUCACUUUCUACAAGGGUCAGAUCACAGCUCUCUUGGGUGCCAAUGGAGCUGGCAAGACUACAAUAAUAUCAGUGUUGACAGGCCUGUACUCACCCAGCUCUGGGACCAUCAUCAUCAAUGGAAGGGAUAUACGUACUGAUCUGGAUGCUAUCAGAAUGGAGAUGGGUGUUUGCCCACAGUAUGAUGUGUUGUUUGACACCUUAACUGUGCGAGAGCAUCUGCUGUUUUAUGGCUCAGUGAAAGCACCACUGUGGACAAAGAAACAGUUACAUCACCAAGUCAGUAGAGCCCUGGAAGAUGUGGAUUUAUCCCAGCACCAGUUCAAACAUGUUGGAGCCCUGUCUGGGGGAAUGAAAAGGAGGCUUUCAAUUGCUAUCUCCUUUAUUGGAAAUUCGAAGACAGUUGUUCUAGAUGAGCCCACCAGUGGUGUGGAUCCAUGUUCACGUCGGAGAAUCUGGGAUAUUCUGUUGAAGUACAGAGCUGGUUGCACCUUGAUCUUCACCACUCACCAUCUCGAUGAGGCAGAAGUGCUCAGUGAUCGCAUUGCCAUCCUGCAGCAUGGGCAGCUGAGAUGCUGUGGUCCUCCCUCUUAUCUGAAGGAAACAUAUGGGCAGGGAUACAAUCUAACACUCAUAAAAAAGCCCUCUGCAUUUGAAAUCCAGGAUCCUGAGUAUGUCAGUCGAGUCAUAUCUUUAGUACAGUUCUAUGUACCAGAAGCAUUCCUAAAGGAGAACAAUGGGAGUGAGCUGACUAUUGUGAUUCCAGUGAAGGCAAAUAAGGCCUCCUUUAAAGGCCUCUUUCAGGCUAUGGAUGAAAACCUUGAACGUCUACAUGUGACUGGCUAUGGCAUUUCAGAUACCACCUUGGAAGAGGUAUUUUUGAAGCUGUUGCAGGACACAGAGCAAAUGCCACAAGUUCCCCUGGCAGAGGAGUUGGGGCUCCCCCACAUUAACAGCCAUGAAUCAACCUACCAAAACUGUAACUCGCUCCUGGAUGCCCAGAGUGUGCGUGGAACAAGGCUUGUUCUCACACAGAUUGCUGCCUUUUUAAUGAAGCACUUUCACCACACCAGGCGAGACUGGAGAGGAACUCUGUCAAAUGUUCUGCUGCCUGUCCUCUUUGUUGCCAUGGCAAUGGCUUUGUUUACUGUGAAGCCAUUAGUUACUGAUUAUCCUUCACUCAAGCUGAUGCCAGACCUUCAUGACAAUGCAGAAUCCUCCUUCUUUAGUACUGAAAGUGACGAUCUGGGAAACCUUUCUUAUGUGCUGUUGAGACAUUUUACAGGCCAGGAUUAUCCAUGCACCUAUUCAAGACAAGAUGUGUAAGUGGAUUCAUGCUGGCAGACUGAGCUUAGUCCACCACAGGAAUUCUUGGAUGCAUGUGGGUGUGUGACAGAUCAUCGGAAGUGUCCAAGCUUCAAUGUGUCUGUUGCCUACCUGAAGAACAGGAAAGGGAAAGUUCUAUACAACCUCUCGGGUGUCAAUGUGGAAGAAUACUUAAUCAUGCCGACAAACAAAGCAAGAUAUGGAGGCUGGUCUUUUGGUGUGAAAACAUCCCCUGAACUUCAAGACCUAAACCUGAAUAAAACAUACUCUAAGCUUCUGGCUAAGGUGUGGUACAGCCAGAAAGGUUUCCAUUCACUGCCGUCUUACUUAAAUCAACUCAACAACCUUAUUCUGUGGAUGAAUUUGCCUCCUUCUGUGGACUGGAGACAGUAUGGAAUCACGCUCUAUAGCCAUCCAUACGGAGGAGCCUUUCUGGAUGAGGACAAAAUAGUGGAGAAUGUUCGCCAGUGUGGAGUGGCACUGUGUAUCAUGUUGGGUUUUUCUAUCCUUACGGCAUCCAUUGGAAGCUCGGUAGUGAAAGACAGAGUAUCUGGUACAAAGCGGCUGCAGCACAUAGCUGGACUUGGCUACAAGACCUACUGGCUUGCUAACUUCCUGUAUGAUAUGCUGUUUUACCUGGUUCCAGUCGGCCUGUCUAUCGGUGUUAUUGCUGCCUUCCAGUUAUCAGCCUUCACUUUCCGAGAAAACUUGGCAGCCACAGCUCUCCUGCUGAUACUCUUUGGAUAUGCAACUUUACCAUGGAUGUAUCUGAUGUCCAGAUUCUUCUCAAGUUCAGACAUAGCUUUCAUUUCUUAUAUCUCCUUAAACUUUGUGUUUGGUCUUUGUACCAUGCUGGUGACCCUCUUGCCUCAUUUGUUAGCUGCAGUUUCCAAAGAACAGAAUUUGCAGAAUAUUUACAACAUCCUCAAAUGGGCCUUUGUUGUUUUCCCACCAUUCUGCUUGGGUCAGGGUUUACUAGAACUUUCCUACAAUCAGAUCAAGUUUGAUCUGACAAGCAGCUUUGGAAUCGAUUCUUAUGUGAGUCCUUUUGAGAUGAAUUUCCUGGGUUGGAUCUUCGUGACAAUGGCCCUGCAGGGUACAGUUAUUCUCCUCCUGAGAGUUCUGCUGCAUUGGGACCUGCUCCAGAAACCAAGGAGUCACUGUUCCAUGAGUAGCACAGUCAAUCCUUCAGAAGAUGAGGAUGUAGAAGUGGAACGAAAGAGACUCUUUGAUGGAAGAACUCAAAAUGAUAUCCUUCUACUGUACAAUCUCAGGAAAUGUUACCAAGAUUUCAGCAAGAGGAACACUGCUGUGAAAGACAUUAACUUGGGGAUACCAAGGGGAGAGUGCUUUGGGCUCCUGGGAGCAAAUGGUGCUGGGAAAAGUACAACAUUUAAGAUGCUGACUGGAGACAUCACCCCAUGUGGGGGGCGUGCUGUUAUCAGGACUCCUACAGGGUCUGAAAUGGAUAUAUUGUCUGCUAGCUCUGAAGGGAUUCUGAUUGGCUACUGUCCACAGCAAGAUGCCCUGGAUAAACUUCUAACUGGAUGGGAGCAUCUUUAUUAUUACUGCAGCCUGCAUGGGGUUCUAAAACAAUGUAUCCAUAAGGUAGCUGGGGACCUUGUUAGCCGAUUGCACCUUGAUGCCCAUAUUAACAAACUGGUGAAGACAUAUAGCGGUGGCACAAAGAGGAAGCUUUCUACAGCUUUGGCUUUAGUUGGCAAACCCCAAAUACUUUUACUGGAUGAGCCUAGUUCUGGAAUGGAUCCCUGUUCCAAACGAUACCUCUGGAAAGCCAUCACAAAGGAAGUUCAGGAUGGCUGUGCUGCUGUGCUCACAUCCCACAGCAUGGAAGAGUGUGAAGCCCUCUGCACUCGGCUUGCUAUUAUGGUCGAUGGCAGUUUCAAGUGUCUUGGUUCUCCCCAGCAUAUUAAAAAGAGGUUUGGAGAUGGCUAUUCAGUCAAGGUUUGGCUUAACAAAGAAGCAAGCAACCACAGUACUAUUUUGGACUAUCUGCAGCUACAUUUUCCAGGAACACAGCUUAAGGAACAGCACCUUAAUCUGCAGGAGUAUCGUGUACCGUACAGAUGGGGCUGUUUACCAGAGCUCUUCAAAGUUUUAGAGAACAACAAAGUUCUGCUGAAAAUCAAACACUAUUCCAUUAGCGAAACCACUUUAGAGCAGGUAUUUAUUAAUUUUGCUAUUCACCAGCAGGAAACGUCACCUUCUGCACAAGAAUCUUCAACCAAUCAUCACCACCAUCUGCCAGUCUAGGCUCAGUGCAGGUCAUUGUCCAACAAUAUGUUUUACAGACAAUAAAACUUUUCACCUGGUUACUGCCAAACUGAAAGGGAGAGGGAAGUUCGUAAUUUAUAGACGAAAAACCAGAACUACCAGUUCUUAGUAGAAAGAGUGGUUAUUAGAGAGAGAUACACACACACACACAAAAGCCAAAAAAAAGUACAGUACUUAACUGAACUGGAAUUUUAUAAUAAAACGUUUGACCUAAUUAAUGAAAUCUGUUACACAGUAAAAGGGCUGAUCUUAUAAUGAGUGACAUUUCAGAAGUUUUUUUUUUUGGUGGGGGGAGAUUGCUCUCUAUUCAUUUGAUCAGUCACAUUAAAAAGCCAUAGCUAUUACAUGACAAGGGAAGCAAAACCCAGUGGAUAUUAGGAACAGCCAUGCUAUCAUAUAAUAUUUGUAUUUAAUAGCUCAAAUGAGAGCACUUUGACUUCUGCAUUAAUUCAGUUCUGUGUUAUGACAAGCUAAAUUAGCUCUUUUUAUUGUAUAAAAGAAGCACUAUAUUCCAUAAGGGCUUUUUGUCAAAGGGGGUAUUAGUGCAGUUAUAUUAAGUACAUUUAACAAGGUUCAUAAAUCAUACUUGACAAUGAGUUCUCCCUAACACCUGUAGGUUAUUUCUCUAGGAUUGUUAAGAAUAAUCUAUUUUGUUAGCAUUUUUAUGUUGUUAUUCUUUAAAUGUUCUAAGAGAAGGUGAAAAUGGAUUUGUAGCCAAGGACCUAUUGGAAGUAAACGAGAUAAAUGUACAGGCAUUGAUCAAUAAUCUUUUCAGGCUAUUUAUCCCAAUUUCAGAUUCUUCACACAGGGCUGUGCCACAGCUUUCAAUAGUGUCAUCAACUUGUAAAUGUGAGACAGAAAUUAACAUUGAAUGAACAAAAUCUCAGCCUCUUUCAUCCAUCCUCAUACUUCUGUGGCUAGAGAAAGAUCAGAACUUCUUGGAGCAGGGGGGAAGAGGAGAAGCUCUUAGCUUAUUUUUAUAAACAAACUCUCUGGGAACCCUGGCACAGUAGUUGAUAUCACUUUCAUUGGGCUCUAUUGUUGAAUCUAAGUUGAAAUUUUGGAACACUGUGAUUUAGUAGAAAGGUAUUUCUAUGAUAUAAUUUGAAAAUCAAAUUGUACACUUUGAGAUAAAAGGAUCUAAUCAGAAGCUAUCUGUGUUCCUGUGUCCCUGCUUUAAUGCCAUACUGUAGCAGGAUGUAAUUUAAAAGUGUUAUGCUUGUGCCCUAGGCUUUUCAAGCUGACCCAGAAGGAUUUUUGAUUCUUACAUUGACAGGUGUAUUUUUGGACCAUGAUGCUUUUGAAUGAAUUUAGAACUCAGGGUUCCCACUUUGAAAACUUAUUCUUGCUCUUUUGAAAAUGUUAAAUCCUGAAAACUUAAUUAAAUGUCACUUUUCUGAGUAAAGUGUGGAAUAUUGUAUUAAUGU